UCUCCUCUCCUCUCCUCUCCUCUCCUCUCCUCCCUGUCGCCGCACUGCCGACCCACGCAGCAUCCACAGACGCCGUGUCGGACGUGUUUUUUCCCAGCGGACCUGCUGCACCCAGUUUCCGGCCGUAAUCCUCCUCCCGUCUGCACGACUCGAUGACGCCCAGCGAGCUGGUCUGAUCCGAGCGGCCCUGGUCACUGCUUUGAAGAUCCGUGGAUCGUGUGCGUGGAGGAGAUACCCGCCGUGCCGUGGAUGGACUGCUCUUGAUUGUCUGCAGCGGCUGUGAGUCAGAAGAUGGCGGACCGGGCUGAGAUGUUCUCCCUCUCCACCUUCCACUCCCUCUCCCCCCCGGGCUGCAGGCCCGCCCACGACAUCAGUUUGGAGGAGUUUGACGAUGAAGAUCUCUCAGAAAUCACAGAUGACUGCGGGAUCGGACUAAAUUAUGACUCUGAUCGUUAUGAAAAGGACGCCCUCAUUUUGGAGAAGAACGACAUGCACCACCCAGUGUGCUCCUUCCAGGACGACUUCCAGGAGUUUGAAAUGAUUGACGACGACGAUGAAGAUGAGGACGAGGAGGAGGAAGAGGACGAUCCGGACGCACCCCCGUCCCCCUCGGCCUCCCCUCCACCCUCGCCCACUCUUGGCACCCUGAAGAGCAGACCCACCACGCUGAACCUCACAGCAGCGGUGUCGCAGGACUCAUUGAACAACAACAGCAGUCUGUCGCCAAAGAAAGGAAGCUUGCAGGACUCGUCGCGUAAACCAUCUUCACAGGGCCGCACGACUCCCACCCACUGGUGCUUGGAGGAUGGCAGCCGUGUGACGGGCCAGUGCCCAGCCUCUUCAGUUGUCCAGCCGCCAGUGUCCCAGAGUCAAGGUACUCCAGCAAAACAAGCAGGGCAGGGUGGGAACCCCCAUUCCCCUCACAGGCCCCUCCUGUGCGACAUGGAGGGCAACAGGCGGGAGAGGCUUGAAUACGGUUCAUUUGGUCAACUCAAGUCCCAUCAUUGCCCCGUUGACAUCGUCCAACCAAAAGCUGACCCUCUAAUCCAGACCACCAGAGUACCAUCUGUAGAUGAGCACUCCCAGUGUUCAGACACGGAGGUGGACCAUGACCUCAACAAUAGCCACAGCCACAAACACUCAAACCGGCUUCCCACAGACACAUACACAAUUACCAGUGAGUCUGGCAUGGAGGCAGGGAACGAUCUCGAUCCGGAUGGAACCAGUCACUGUUUGUCGUCCACUGCGCCCUUAGAAACCAACGACGGCGCCGACACACCCUUAUCAGAGGACGAACUAGACAAGGACUUUGAAGUUGAGUUCAUGCGUAAGGAGACGUACGAUAUGGUGUGCAAGGAGAAUCCGUCGGCGUACACCGAGUUUCCAUCCAUUGAACCCUUUGAUCCCACUUCCUUCUCCAGUGUAUCCUCUCGUCACUCAGAUGCUCUUGACCAGUCCAAAAGUUCUGAUUCUCAGUCAAUGGCAGCUCCAUUGGCAGUAGCGAAUGAUUCCACUUCUCCAUCUUCCGACCCUGGGAUCGCUGACAUGAACCAGCAAGGUUAUUUGACCUCAGACCAGGACAAAGAACUUAGCUCUCCUGGUUCUGACUCUGAGCUUGAUGGCGAAGAGGACAUAGACUUUCCCUGUGAAGGACGUGUGGUCUCCAACAUGAUCUCCUCCAUCUCAGAAACAGAGCUUGAUCUGACCAGUGAGAGCAGUAGUGGGCGUUCUUCGCACCUCACCAACUCCAUCGAGGAGACCAGCUCACCGACAUCCGACCAGGAACUGGACGCGGAUACAGAAUUAGAACAGGACAGUGGGAUUGUGGGACUAAAAGAGUCUCUCUUUCUGGGUCAACCUGAGGCAAUUAAAGAAGGGGUUCCCCUACUCUCUUUGUCCCCUUUACCCUCUCCAACCAUUCCUAUCCCAUCUCUGGUGCACUCCCCCUUUUUGCCUCCUGAGUCCUAUGAUGACGGCUAUGCUCUGAAGGGACUGCAGAAUGUAGAUGACGACCUGUCUUGCGAUCACCAAGCCGACCCAGAUGAGACUCUUCCUCCUGCCCAGCAGUGUGAGGACAGUCUCUCCAGACAGAUGGUGCUCCAGAUAGAACCAGAUCACAGCCUUGAAAGCUUCAAACGCUCCUUCUACCUACCCGUGGGACCUCGGCUAAUGCCCACCGCAGAUGAUUAUGAUGAAACCAGUGAAGGGGAUUCUGAAUCAGAAAGCGAAGAUGACCUGAGUGAAAACUCUGACUCACCUUGGCUGCUUAGCAAUCUGGUCAAUAGGAUGAUCUCAGAAGGCUCAUACCCAAUAAGCUGUCCUGAAGAGUGCUUCAAAAGGGAGGCGUCUGUAUCAGAUACCAUCUCACCGUCCUCAGACAUCGGUGACGGAGAUAGUUUUGCUGAGGAUGACCCACGGAAGAAAUCAGAAAUUGAAGGGUCAGUGAAUGAAGAGAGGGAUGGUGAAGAGCUCAGAAAGAUUGAGAUGAAUUGGGGGAAGUCUUCAAAGAGAAGUGUUGGGAUGAACUCUUGCCUCUAUAUGAGCAACAAAACCGAGGACACAAGUACAGUGGAUCAGUGUGUAGAAAAUUCAAGAGAGACCACCGAUUACUCCUCGUGUACCACUAAAGUUAAAAACUUCACAGAUAAAUCUUCCAAGAACAACAAAAGACCGGAAGAACAGAAUGAACCCGAUAAUGACUUGAUGAUGCUAGUGGGAAGGAAAGACCUUGAUUCUCCGAGCCUUACCGACAGCGUUAUCAGCGACAAAGACAUUGGGCGGGAGACGGAGACCACGACGUCGAGUCGCUCCUCUGCCUCUCUUGAACGUAUCACAGAAGUCAAACACAGCCUGACACUGGACAUACCCACCGCUCAGACCAACCAUUGCUUCAGCCUCACCUACUCCACAGACAAUGACGAAGAAGACGAACAUGAGGACUCGUACCCGUUCUUGGAUGACUUGAGGAGGCAGUCCCACAGGGAUAGUGAUUUACAGCUAGACCGGUCACCACCACCUGUUGAUUCCUGCAUACCUGACCAUCCCUGCCCUGACCGUGAUCUCCCACCUUGUGAGAUAGACCUGUCUCCCAAACAUCCCAGUGAAACCGAAGGACUGGCCUAUGACUCUAUGAAGUACACGCUUGUUGUUGACGAGAACACUACUCUGGAACUAGUCAGCCUCAGAAGGUGCACAUCGAUCCUGAGUGAUGACAGCGAGCUCUCCACGCUGUGCGAUGAGGAGUCUCUGGAGACGGGCCAGGUGGACUACUGUUGCCAGGAUCAGAUGGUGAGGUCCCAACUCCUCAGUUCUUCAGAAGACUCAUCACCCGAGGCGGACAUCCCAUUUUCCAAGAAGUUCCUAAACGUCUUUGUCAACAGUACUUCACGCUCCUCCAGUACUGAAUCCUUCGGACUUUUCUCCUGUACCAUCAAUGGAGAGGAGAGGGACCAAACACACAGGGCGGUGUACAGGUUCAUCCCCAGACAUGCAGAUGAGCUGGAGUUGGACGUGGACGAUCCUCUGUAUGUGGAGGAGGAAGAGGAUGACUACUGGUACAGAGGCUAUAACAUGCGGACAGGAGAACGGGGCAUCUUCCCCGCCUUCUACGCCCAUGAAGUCAUUGGCCAGUCUAAAGAGAUGCUGGCCAUGAAGCGCAACCCGGCAUGGAUGGAGACUUUCGACGUUCAGUUCUUGGGUUCUGUUGAGGUACCGCAGCAUCAAGGCAAUGGCAUCCUGUGCGCCGCCAUGCAGAAGAUCGCUCUGUCCAGGAAACGGACCGUGCACGUGCGGCCGCCAUCCCUCUGCGAGUUGGAGAUCAGCUUGCAAGGCGUGAAGCUGAUCAUGAGCCUGGAGGACGAGUACGACUGUCUGGAUGAGUUUGACCGAUGUAGUCACUUCUUCCAAAUGAAGAACAUCUCCUUCUGCGGCUGCCAUCCAAAGAACAACUGCUACUUUGGCUUCAUCACCAAGCACCCCAUGCUGAGCAGGUUCGCUUGCCACGUCUUUGUGUCCCAGGAGUCCAUGAGACCUGUAGCAGAGAGUGUUGGACGGGCCUUCCAGGAAUACUACCAGGAACAUCUGGAGUACGCUUGCCCCACUGAGGACAUCUACCUGGAGUAAGGACGCCAUGCCUCGCAUGCACCUGGCCACCAGAGGGCGCUGCAAACGGGUGUGCUCUCCAUUCUCCUUCUGUC